GAGGAGGAGGAUUUGAAGGAGCAGGAGGGAGGGCGCACUUAACCAAACAGCACACUAGUUCAGUGCCAGCACACACAGCUGCUUCGCCUCAAGAAAGGAGUUUCAGUCCUGCAGUUUGAACCACUAAGUCGGCAAGACGGGAAGUCAGGCAAGAAACAUGGACUCAGAUUCCGGGGAGCUGAGUGAAGGGGAGCUCUCUCCAGGGCCUGAGAUCUUCAAUUCCAAAAGUCUGGCCAUUCAGGCACAGAAGAAGAUUGUGAGCAAAAUGGCUACUAAGGUAAUGGCCAACAUGCUGAUCGAUGACACCAGCAGCGAGAUUCUGGAUGAGCUGUACAAAGUGAGUCAGAAGUACACCAAAAACAAAAAGGAGGCCCACAAAGUCAUGAAAAAUGUCAUCAAAAUCGCUCUCAAAAUUGGCAUCCUCUAUAGAAACAAUCAGUUCAAUCAUGACGAGCUGGAAACGGUGGAGAAGUUUAAGAAGAAGAUGAACCAGGCGGCGAUGACGGUAGUCAGCUUUUACGAGGUCGACUAUACCUUUGACAGAUACAUCCUUUCGGGACUCCUCAACGAGUGCAAAGACCUGCUGCACAAACUUGUGGAGCACCAUUUGACAGCCAAAUCCCAUGGGCGCAUCAAUCACGUCUUUAAUCAUUUUGCAGAUGCUCAGUUCCUCUCAGUGCUUUAUAGCCCUUCUGGAGAAUACAGACUCUUCCUAAAAAAAAUCUGCGAUGGGAUUAACAAAUUACUCGAUGAAGGUGUGCUCUAGUUGCAGGAAAUAUGUCACCUGAUGAACUCUUAUUUUAUUACUUGUAUUAUUUGCAAUGAAUAAUACACACACAGAGACGCAAAAGUGGUCUUCAUUAAAUUUUCAUAUGUGAUCAGCUUUCCUUUUAUUUUAAAUCAAGCAUUUCCAAUUCACAACCCUGGAGGUUCAUAUAUAAAAAUGUUUAAAAAAAAUUUUAAUUCUAUGAAAUUACAAAAUAUAUUAAUUUAGUUUUACUAUAAAAAAUGGUGGAGGUCAACUACUGUAUUAGCAUGUUAUGGUCUGAAGGAACAGAUUUUGGGGAUAAAUUUACAAUACAAAUAUUAAAUUGUAUUAUACAUAAUUCUUUUGUGGCAAAUAUAGUGAGACGAGGCAGAUUUACAGUAAUUAUUUGGCAGACAUAAGCACUGUAUUACACUACUAGGCAAUUUACACAGAUGGAGGAACUUAUGCCAUGCGACUUAUUUUAGCAAGGGUUCGAACAACUAUGAGUGCAACAGAUUUGAGCACAUCAAAUCUAUUUUAAAUAUCCACUAAAUUUAACAAUAUGUAUGAAAUAGAUUGUAGCCCAUUAAAAUAUGAAUAAGGUACUGUGCUUUGGCCAAAUUUGAGACAGCAGGGAACCCUACAAUAAAUUGGGCUGCAGAGAAAGCAGGCUCCACUAGGUGGAGCUCUAUCCUAGUUACAUUCAGUAAAAGACAAACUAGUCCUUGGACACAAAGUUUUUCCAAUUAGAACUGAAGUGGCCUUAGAUAUACUGUCGCUCAGACAAUGAGGACUUUGGGCUUUUAUUUCAGUGUACAGUGAGAUACGAGUUCAAUGUAUCUGGCCUUCCUAUCUCCACCCAAUUGGAGUAAAAGGAUUAAUGGUGUGUUUUUUUUUUUGGUUUGAAGUGGGCAACUGUUGCAACCACCCCACAGGACUGGCAGGAGUUUUACUCUUUAGUCGGAGCUUAGCGGGAUAGCAGAUUCUUUGGUCUGUUUUUUUUUUUUUGAGUUCCCCUUAUCUCUAUUAUUUGUUAAUUUUUUUCAUUUUUUUGGAGUCUUUUCUGGACUCGGGGGCAUUUCUCAAGUUUCCCCCUUAACGUCUCAAUAUUUAAUAUGUCAUUACAAUAUAAGUUGUGGAGCAAAAAUCACAGUUUUUACAGUUUAAACUGAAUUUCUCUGCCAUAUGCUACUGUGAAUGCUGAAUGUCAUAAGAUGAAAGUCAACUCGGACUACAAAUUUUGUUGAUUUCUUGUGUAUUGACAAACUGUUUCGUGUUUAAAAUAAUUCAUGGAACAAGUGAAUGCAACACCUUUUAAGAAAUUAUAAAAAUUGUGAAAGGUACAACAAGCUGUCCAAGACAAUUUAUUUUUUGUUGCUAAAAAAAAUAAGUUUUUAGAAGUAAUUGAAAUUUUUUUUUUUGCAAAUUCUGGCUACAAUAUUUCUUCAAACAAAAUUCUGAGGUUUAUUGGAUUUUGUUCUGUCACAAAAAUUGUAAACUACUCCAGGUCUACUUGAAUAAUUUUUGUCGCCUUUCUUUUAUGUAUUAUGAAUUGCAAAAAUAAAUGUAAUUAAUUCAAAGAAAUAUAAAAAAA